AUGUUCAUAGAAUUAUUCUUUUCUAGCCGUGUGUAUUUUGCCGACUCCAAGCUGGAUUACAUUGAAUUUGUUGACUAUGAUGGAAAAGGCCGUGUUCAAGUUCUUGCCUCGACCAAGCUUAUACAACAUCCUCAUGCAAUGUCUAUAUUCGAAGACCAUAUUUACUAUAGCGAUCGUCGACUUCAACGGCUUCAGCUUUAUCCCAAAUAUCCGAAUGGAACGAGUCGGGAAUAUCCUUCACAUUCCUUCUCCAAGGCUUUGGGUGUUAUAGCUAUUCAUCCAGUUUUGCAACCACAAAUAAAAGAAAACCCAUGUUCUACAUCCGGGUGCUCCCAUAUUUGUGCAUUGGGUGCUAAUGGUACAUUCACAUGCCUCUGUCCAAGUGGUCAUGUCAUUGAAGAAGGUGGAGGUGGACGACAAUGUGUACUUGAUAAACGGCCAUUUAUGCUAUUGGUUCACAAAUCAAUGGUCAUUGGAGCAGCCCUAAACAAUGAGGGAGAAAGUUCAAAUAAAAAACAUUUGCCACAUGAAAUUGGAGGAAUUGUGCCAAUCAGCGGGCUUAGGAAUACUGACGAUGCUGAAUACGACCCUUUGACCAACGAACUUUUCUAUCUAGAACAUGGUGCACCUGUGCUUUUAAUGACAGCAACUCUCAUGUCAAGCUCAAUGAUCCAUAAAACAAGCCUAACGAGCAACAACCGCUCUCUUAUUCUCGCUAAUCAACCGCCUGAUGAUCCUUCUUGUAUGGCUUAUGAUUGGAAUGGUCGAAACAUUUAUGUCGGCAAAAAACAUUCACAGACAAUUGAAGUUGUUCGAACACAGGGAGAACAAUUCCACGCCGUCAUUUUGCACAACGAUCAGUCACCGACCGCCGUUUCGAAUCCAGUUGCUAUUGCUGUUGAUUCUGACCGCGGGUUACUAUUUUGGUUGGAUCAAGGCAAGGGAGGUGUUUCCACUAAAUUAGCUGGUGCAGACUUGGAUGGAAACAACCCUUUAGUUCUGGUUAGCACUGACCUUGCUGAAUUGGAUCAUCUUGCGCUGGAUACUGUAAAUCGACGAAUUUAUUUUACUGAGGCUAAAGCUGGAAGGAUUACGAGUGUCUCUUAUAGCGGACAAGACAAACGCUACAUUCUUAAUGAUGCUGCAAAGCAACCACGAGCUAUCGCAUUCUUCCACAAUCACAUCUAUUAUGCUGAUACAGCAUUCGAUAAAAUUAUGGUGGGUGAUGUGGACACUGGAAGUGGGGACGAUCAACCACCUGAGUUUACUGAAUUUAGAGCAAAUGUUGAGCAUUUAACUAAUAUGCAUGUUGUCCACCCAGCAAAUACUCGAGAAUCUCAUCCUUGUCAUAACAAUAAUGGAAAUUGUGAGCAACUCUGUAUCCCUCGAGGCCAGCAAAAUAAGUUUACAUGUAUUUGUGGAACUGGUUUUGCUGUGGAUGAGGAGACUAACAAAUGUAAACUCUUCGCGGAAUCAUUCCUCAUAAUUGCUGGGAAAAAUUACAUCAAGUCUAUUCCGUAUGUUCCAUUAACUAAAGUCUCUAUGUAG